AUGCCCCGUCAGAUAGCCUGGGACACGUCCUUCAAGGUCCACAAUCGGAUGAAUCCCAGCAAAAGCGGGAUCUUUAUGGCCUGGGACUUUGCUCGGGUCUGGGAUGGUCUAACCAUGUAUGUCAGGGACCUGGACUAUGUCAAGUGGGUCACCGCUUUGAUUGAAACUUGCGAUUUCGAUCCAGAAAUCCACUUCGCCAGAUACACUGUGUACUGUGAUGGCUUUGAGGUCACCGGAAAUAUCUUUUGCGAAGCUCACUGGCACUAUGCCAUCGGAAUGAACCUCGAACGCGGCCUUGAGUUCGAAAUUGUGCCCCAGAAUGGCCAACUUGAGACUAACCAUGAUGGAACUCUGAAUGAUACGACCGGCCGUGAGGAGUUCUUGGCUUGGGUUGAUGACCAGUACGUCUCCGAUUGA